AGGGCCGAGAGGGGCGGGGGUGGGGAGAGGCCAUGGCGGCGCCGCUGCCCCCGGCCGGCCCGGCGCCCCCUGGCGGCGCGGCGGCUGCCCCGGGGGCUGAAGGCACCGAGGGUCUGUUCGUGGUGCUGGGAGCGGGGCUCGCCGCCGCCAGCCACCCGCUGCUCUACGUCAAACUGCUCGUACAGGUUGGGCAUGAGCCGCUACCUCCUAUCGUUGGAAGAAACGUGCUGGGAAGGAAAGUCCUGUACCUGCCUGGCUUCUUCACCUACGCCAGACACAUUGUGGAAGUGGAUGGGAAAAGAGGCCUCUUCCGCGGUCUUACUCCUCGCCUCAUCUCAAGCACUUUAUCAACCAUCACCAGGGGGAGCGUGAAGAAGGCCUUUCCACUGGAAGACAUGGAGCACGUUUCUAACAAGGAUGAUGUGAAGACCUCCCUUAGGAAAGUGGUGAAAGAGACAUCUCACGAGAUGAUGAUGCAGUGCAUGUCCCGGCUGGUGUCCCACCCGCUGCACGUGAUCUCUAUGCGCUGCAUGGUCCAGUUCGUAGGCCGAGAAGUCAAAUACAGUGGUGUGUUCAGCGCCAUCAGCAGGAUAUUUAAGGAAGAAGGGAUCCUGGGAUUCUUUGUCGGUUUAGUCCCACACAUCCUGGGGGAUGUCAUCUUCCUCUGGUGCUGCAACCUCUUGGCUCACUUCAUCAACACCUAUGCGGUAGAUGAUAACUUCAGCCAGGCAUCAGUGAUCCGGAGCUACACAAAAUUUGUGAUGGGGAUCGCUGUGAGCAUGCUGACCUACCCCUUCCUUCUCGUGGGAGAUCUCAUGGCAGUGAACAACUGUGGGUUGCGUGCCGGCCUCCCUCCCUACGCUCCUGCGUUUCCAUCCUGGAUCCAUUGCUGGAGAUAUCUCAGUGCUCAGGGACAGCUGUUCCGUGGCUCCAGCCUGCUCUUCCGCAGAGCGCCCAUGUCAGCUGCUUGCUUCCCCAUCGACUGACUCCUCAGCAGAGAGAGAUGAAGUUGGACUCCUCAAGAAACCCUAAGCUUGUUUCGAUAUAUGUAUAUUUUUUCUUUUCAAUCCGAAGUCCGUGGUGCCAGAACAAGACACCUCCUCUCCAGCAAGACCAGCAACAAGUUGGCUUCUGGAAAUUUGGCUUCAGGCUCCAGCUGGACCAAAGCUCUAUCCUCAUGGCUGUCUUGACUGAGAUGUGGAGCAGAGAGAGCAGAAGGGAGUUGUCUUGUCUCUUUGGUCCGGGUGGUAGCUCUGGAGUCACUGGAAACCAGAAAAUGCCCAGGUACUAAACAAGCCAGCCCUGAGAUGCAGGAACAAAAGACUGCUUCGUUCUGCCUGAGCUGAGAAGCAGCAAGAGAUCCAAGGUCACUUUGCUGGGAAUGUUAUGCCAGUUGACCAACCUCCCAGCUCAUCUCUUCUGGAGAGGGCGAAGGUUUGUGUGGCAGGGAACCCAUCCUGCGCGAGAUCAGCUCUG